CGGCUCCGCCAGUAGUCGCAGUGCAUGAUGGGAGACGCAUGGGCAGCGGGUGUAGAGAGCCUGCUCCGCGGGCUGAAUGUCAGACAGAGGCAGUUUUAUGGAGCAUGUCCUGUUUCAGAUUAACUAGAAGCAUGUCGGGUGUUUUAGCGCGGGUCCUGUUCUACCCCACUCUCGCCUAUAACGUGGUGAUGGAGCGGGUCUCCUCCAGGCGGUGGUUUAACCGCGUGGAUCAGACUGUGAUUCUCGGAGCGCUGCCGUUCAGAUCCAUGACCCAGGAGCUGGUUAACAUGGAAAAUGUUAAAGGAGUGAUAACCAUGAACGAGGAAUAUGAGACUAAGUUCUUCUGUAAUUCAGAGGCGGAGUGGAGGGCAGCAGGUGUUGAGCAGAUCAGACUCAGCACAGUGGACCUAACAGGAGUUCCCAGUCUGGAGCACAUCCACCAGGGUGUAGAUUUUGUUAUGAAGCACCGUGAGAACGGGACCAGCGUCUACAUCCACUGUAAAGCAGGUCGCUCCCGCAGUGCCACAAUGGCAGCUGCAUACCUCAUCAGGAUACAUUGCUGGAGUCCAGAGAAGGCGUGUAGCAUGCUGGCAGAGGUCCGGCCGCAUAUCCUGGUCCGCUCUGCUCAGCUUGACAUUCUAAAGAAGUACCACCAACAAGUGUGUGCAUCAGGACCAAACUGUGUAUAGCACAAAAUACUGUGUUAAAGAGGCUUUCUGAAAUAUGUUUAACUGUGUACAUAGGCAGUAUGUUUUAACUUUAUAAACCAUGCACAGAAGUGCAAAACCAUGUAAUGUAUGAUAUCUUAUUAUAUGAUACAGGAAAACUUUUGUUAUAAAUAAAUUAAGCUGCUUUCCUAUUGA